AUGGGAAGCACAUCCACCACAGCCCCGGCAUAUGUUCUCCGAGAUCACCGCCCAGGAGAUAUCGGAUGGAUCAUCCACCGCCACGGAGUUUUAUACGAUGAAGAAUACGGAUGGGGCGAGAAAUUUGAGGGCGUUGUCGCAAGCAUCGCUGGCGAUUUCCUCAAAAACUUCGACCCCAAAUCAGAACGCUGCUGGAUCGCUGAACGAGAUGGACAAUUUCUCGGAUGCAUCAUGCUUGUGAAAGAUGUAACUCCAGCCAAAAACGCAGCCAAGAUUCGUCUUCUCCUGGUUGAACCGGCUGCACGCGGUCUUGGACUGGGUCGUGCACUUGUGCGGCAAUGUACACAGUUUGCUAGGGAAGUGGGGUAUUCUCAUGUCGGAUUAUGGACUCAGAGUACAUUGGUUUCGGCACGCCAUAUUUAUGGAAGCGAAGGAUUUGUGCAUGUUGCGUCGGAAGAUCAUGCUUCUUUUGGGGUCGAAAUGACUGGCGAGCUUUGGGAGUUGGAGUUAUAG